ACACGGGCGUACUAAUACACAAGGCCAUGAAUAAUGAAACCAACAGUGAAAUUAUUCGAUCUUUGAUGGUAUUCUCGCGACAGGUUCGAAACCGGUCGGCUGUUGUCGGAUCACGACAAAUCGUAAUGGAUUGGCCGUUUAUAUUUCAGACCAUAGUCGUAUUGGUGUCAUAUCUGGUAAUUCUGUUGCAGUUUGAUGCGUCGAUCCGUGGGAAAUAGCUGUCUCAAUCAAAGUUUGACAGAACAAAAAGAAGUAUCAUUUUCACAGUCAGUGAUGAAUAGUUGUGUGGAACCGGAUAUAAAUAAAACAAUAUGUCUAGUUGCAGAGAAUCUAUAAAUGGUGUGUUAGCUUUGAGAACCAUCUUCACAAACGAGCUCUGCUAGAAAUGAGGUGGUUUGCAGCGAACUCGGUGUUCGACGCAGUUAGACCGGUGUAUCGCGCUGGGAAAGCUAUUGGGAUUUUCACACACACCAUCGACUUUCGGCAACAUGUGAUAAGUAAAAGUGCACACGAUCAGGUGUUGCUGGUGGUAGCCAUCCUGAUGGACCUGUACGCUUUUACCGUAUCAACGCGUACGACGUACAGUUUCUCCGAUUCGAUUCUGCUUAACGUUGGGAUCUAUAGUUCGGUGAAUUUGGGCAUCAUCAUCUCACUUUGCAUCUCGAUCUGCAACAGGCUCGUUGUGCGUCGAAUGUUUGGAUUGUUUGAGACACUGCACCACGUGGAUAAUGUUCUGAUGAGCUUAGGCUAUCGCCUGAACCAUCAGUUGAAUCAUCUUCUUAGCUGCAUUUACAUGGCAGUUCCGAUAGUGACAAAUAUUUUGAUGAUGCUGUCCACGUUCUUUGUUUCGUGUGAUUCAACAACGCAACAGUUUAGUGCAACGGAUAUAGUUUUUUUUCUUCGAUCGUCGUUGGUUUUCACCAUCUUUGGAUCGUACAUUUGUUUGACGCUCUCGUCAAUUUAUAUGCGAUUUCGUGGACUGAACGAACUUAUAUGCAAAAUAUUUCCAACCUCACUCAGGGACGAUCCUCACAAAACGAGCCUGCCGGAAGUGACGUCGACUGUCGAUACUGUCCGCCGUUUAGGAGACAUGCAUGAAAAGCUUAGUGAAACCGUAGUCGACUUCAACGUUUGCUUUGCGCUUCAAAUACUCUUAAUGAUGGCGUCUGCGUUUGGUUACACGCUGUUUUCCAUUUUUGGUAUUAUUCAUAGAUUCUCGCACCCGGAAGUGGACGAAACGCAUCAAGUGUCGAUGAACAAUAUGGUGUACGGUUGUAUCUUUUUGUCAUUUAUUAUUCAAGUUGUCGUUGCAGGCAGUUUAGCAACACAGCAGUGCAAAAGAACGGCCAUUUGCGUACAUAAAGCCAUAUGCUAUGGCUAUUACGAGCAAGCGGUACUGAGACAACUGAAAUUUCUUUCACAUCAACUACGAUGUGCCUCGCCGAAAGUGUCCUGUCUACUGUUCGACUUUGAAUGGCCAUUUUUAGUAGCGGUAGCGGCUACACUCGUGAUGCAUGUAAUCAUUCUUGUUCAAUUUGAUUUGGCAAUUAUAGCCAAUAAAGUGUAAAACUAUCUUGAAUGGAGCCGCAAGAAGCAAAUCUGUUUCAUACUUCUUGGUGCAAGCUCUUGCUCUUCAGCCGGUCCAGAUGUCAUUUAUCAAAGUUAACGGUAACUGUGAUAUGGAUUUGCUGGUGCCACCGAAGAUUGAUGCUCGUAAAAACCAAUGCAUCCAUCAUUUAGCUGUUCGCCAAAACGUUAGUAACGGUUGGUGCAUCAACCGGCAGUCGAGAUGGGAGAGUUGAAAAUUGAAAAGUUUGCAUCGUGCAAAAACUGAAGCAUCUUCGCCAGCAAACGCCACAACAUGUCUCAAAGAAGGAUUUUAAAAUCCGACUUCCUGCCGGCUCUAGUGAAACAAAUCACGCUGCCUGGGAGGCUAAAUCUAAGCCCGAGAAAGAUAAGAAGUGCCCGGUGCACUGAGUGACAGUAUCAAAUAUAUCUUGUGCAAAAUUCUGCCGGACGAUGGGCUGGAUAUCGUGGCUGGGCUGAGCAUUAUACAGCGUUACAUUCCUCCGAUCUAGUGGAAGGAAGUGCUUUGCUUUUAACCAGAAGUAUCGCAGACGUAACGCAAUCCGCACAAGUUAAUAGGAAUCUGCCAGGACGAAUGCGCAUCCGACAAAAACGACAAGAAAAUUUAUCACGUAGCAAGGACCCGAACGCCAGGACCGUUGGCUGUCGUACACAUACAGUGCCUAGCGGCGGAGGCAGUGCGCUUUACCAAACCCGGGCCUGUCAAACCGCAUCCGGUCUUGUUUUCAUAGUUCGUCAUCUAUUAUUCAUGGCUCGGUUGCACUACCAUCGGUCCAUCGCUUCCAUCUUCCGUCGGGCUCCAAAAUGGGUAGGACGUUGCUUGUUGCGGGAUCGCUGCUUAUCGAGGUAAUCACACACAAGCAAAUCAAGCGGCAUUGUGGCAUGGCGAAAGAUGUAUAGCUAUUGGGGAGAAGGACCGGCUUGUCGAACGCAAAAUUAUCUGCCCGAUGUACGUGAGCUGAUUAUUGGCCGUCAGUUUUCAGCUGACCAGUUGAGGUGCUAACAGACUGGGCGUGUGAGCAGAUAUUGGGUUAGGGUUCGAGAAGAUACAUGGCUUUCAGGAAAGCUAUCAUGUGGGAAGGAAAAGAUUCGUCAGCACGUGGGCGGUGGUGAGCACGUGGAAAAGGUAGAUUAUAUAUUUGAUAUAGUGGUACAGUGGUAUCUGAAUCCCAGGAAUGUUGAAGCCACUUACAAAGAAUUUGUAUACAUUUGUAGUAAUGCAAGUUCUAAAGAGGAAUAAAAUCUUACCGAUGGUUAAAAACUAAUAAUGCACCUCGUUUUAUGCGACUAUCAAGUUCCAAGAGACUCAU